CCCCGAGCCGCAAAGCUGCUGUCGACGUGGACUGGUGCUGACAUCUCCCGCCCGGCCGCUGCCAGAGCCUCGCCAGCGAAACCCAGAGACAUGGCAACCAACGGUACCAAAGUGGCGGACGGACAGAUUUCCACUGAAGUCGAUGCUUCCAUCACCAAUGACAAGCCUAAAACCUUGGUAGUAAAAGUGCAGAAGAAGAAGACGGAUCUUCCAGACCGAGAUACCUGGAAAGGGAAAUUUGACUUUCUUAUGUCCUGUGUAGGUUAUGCCAUUGGCUUAGGGAACGUGUGGCGAUUUCCGUACCUUUGUGGCAAGAACGGUGGAGGUGCAUUCCUGAUACCCUAUUUCCUCACUUUAAUUUUUGCUGGAGUGCCACUGUUUCUUUUGGAGUGUUCCCUUGGUCAGUAUACCUCCAUAGGAGGCCUUGGAGUAUGGAAGCUUGCUCCAAUGUUCAAAGGUGUGGGGCUAGCCGCUGCAGUCCUUUCCUUUUGGCUAAAUAUUUACUACAUUGUGAUUAUUUCGUGGGCCAUAUACUACCUGUAUAAUUCCUUUACUACUACUCUUCCUUGGAAGCACUGUGAGAACCCCUGGAACACUGACCACUGCUUCUCUAAUUAUACCUUAGCGAACACCACCAACAUGACAAGUGCCGUGGUCGAAUUCUGGGAACGCAAUAUGCACCAAAUGACUGAUGGAUUGGAAAAACCAGGACAAAUCCGAUGGCCGCUAGCAAUUACUCUAGCAAUUGCCUGGAUUCUGGUGUAUUUUUGUAUCUGGAAGGGGGUAGGCUGGACCGGAAAGGUGGUAUAUUUCUCUGCUACUUAUCCCUAUGUUAUGCUGCUUAUCUUGUUCUUCCGUGGUGUAACACUGCCUGGAGCAAAGGAAGGCAUUUUAUUCUAUAUAACUCCCAACUUCAGUAAGCUUUCAGACUCUGAGGUUUGGCUGGAUGCUGCCACACAGAUUUUCUUCUCCUAUGGUUUGGGUCUUGGUUCACUGAUUGCCCUUGGAAGUUACAACCCUUUCCACAAUAAUGUUUACAGGGACUCCAUCAUAGUGUGCUGCAUAAACUCAUGCACAAGCAUGUUUGCUGGCUUUGUCAUCUUCUCCAUUGUGGGAUUCAUGGCUAAUGUCACAAAGAGGCCCAUUGCAGAUGUUGCAGCAUCAGGCCCUGGACUGGCAUUUCUAGCUUAUCCGGAAGCAGUGACACAGUUACCAAUUUCUCCUUUGUGGGCAAUACUGUUCUUCUCCAUGUUGCUUAUGCUCGGAAUUGACAGUCAGUUCUGCACUGUGGAAGGAUUCAUAACAGCUUUAGUGGAUGAAUUUCCGAAGUUACUGCGCAACCGAAGGGAAAUCUUCAUUGCUGUUGUCUGCAUUGUUUCCUAUCUGAUAGGGCUGUCCAAUAUUACUCAGGGUGGAAUCUAUGUGUUUAAGCUUUUUGACUACUACUCUGCCAGUGGAAUGAGUCUCUUGUUCCUUGUAUUCUUUGAGUGCAUCUCGAUAUCCUGGUGCUAUGGUGUUAAUAGAUUUUAUGACAACAUCCAAGAGAUGGUGGGAUACAGACCCUGCAUCUGGUGGAAACUCUGCUGGUCAUUUUUCACUCCUAUCAUUGUGGCAGGAGUAUUUAUCUUCAGUGCUGUCCAAAUGACUCCGCUCACGAUGGGAAGUUACGUUUUCCCAAAAUGGGGCCAAGGGGUUGGCUGGUUCAUGGCUUUGUCUUCUAUGGUGCUGAUACCAGGCUAUAUGGCGUACAUGUUUCUAACCCUGAAAGGCUCCUUAAAACAGCGCAUCCAAGUAAUGAUUCAACCGAGUGAAGACAUCACUCACCCUGAAAAUGGGCCAGACCAAGCCCAACAGAGCAACUCUGCAAACAAAGAAGCCUACAUCUAAACUUCCGUGUUGUUAAAAUACCAACACUACUCCAGAAAAACAAAAAAUAUGGUUGAAUAUGACCACAAAUUUAUGUCUGAGAAUAUAAUUACCUACCUCUAGUG